ACAGCGGAAUUGUACCACGCUGAGCCACCCGGAAGAAGCUAGGAGCCGCUCUGUACUGGGAAGGCGAAGCGUUCAUGCUGUGCCCUCUGCAGUGCCCAUGCUCGGAUACCUGGCAGCCGCUGCAUUAUGCCUGGCAGCAGUGCUAGUAAUGCGGACAGAUCCAUGGUCCUUGGCUGAGCUCCCCGGGUUGGGUUUUAUAUUCCCAGAGAAGUGCGAGUCUAGCGGGGGAAGGCUGCUGAGCAGGGAGGAGCUGUCCGGAUACCAUGGGGGGCACGGGAGCCCCGGCUUGUACCUGGCAGUGCUGGGGCAGGUGUAUGAUGUGCAGAAGGGAAUGAAGCACUAUGGGCCUGGGGGCUCCUACAGCUUCUUUGCAGCAAGAGAUGCCUCUCGAGCCUACGUGACUGGUGACUUUACAGAAGGGGGCUUGGUGGAAGAUGUGUCCGAACUGUCACCCGCACAGAUGCUGCACCUUCACAACUGGCUUAGCUUCUAUCAGAAGAACUAUGCAGCGGUUGGUAAACUCAUAGGACACUUUUAUGAUGAAGCUGGAAAUCCUACAAAAGCUUUAGAAAAUGCACAAGCAGUCAUUGAUAUUGGGGUAAAGUUAAAAAAGCAGAGACAUGAAGAAAAUAAGCAAUUCCCACCAUGUAACUCAGAAUUCAGCUCUGGUACCAGCAGGGUAUGGUGUUCCAAAAAGAGUGGUGGAAUACAAAGGGAUUGGGUUGGUGUCCCCAGAAAACUGUAUCUAGCUGGAUAUGAUGGAUAUCGCUGUGUAUGUGUCAGGACAACGGGUCCCCCUUCAGAAUGGCCAGACUCUAAAGAACACAAUGACCGAGGAGAUCUAGAUAAUCCUUCCCUUAAGGAAUAUAAAGACUGCAAUCCUCUGUUUGACUGGUGCUUGCUUAAAGAAUAAACUUUAUUUAUGUAAGUUACCUAAAA